CAGUAGAUGUACCAUUGUCAUCUGAGGUUCCACUAGUGCGUAUCUUGCACAAAGAUAUUCGAAGAGAGGAUAUUAUUGUCCACGUAGUCAGUAUUUAACUCAUUCCUCCCGUCCGUCCUCCGCCUCUUCAAAACCCUAGCUAUUUGGUGUGAAUCCUGUUUUACUCUCUCACUUUCUCUGUUAACAAUGACCAUCUCAGUGCUGAGUUUUCAAGCAAUAUGCAACCCUCCACUUCGACUCCCCUUCUCCACCUUCAACCAUCAACGUCCCAGUCGAAACUUCGUCGUUUGCUCCGCGAAGCCGGUUGUUCCUCCUGCCCUCAAGCACACAGCCGCCGCUCGAAUUGAGUCUCUCAGCCAGGUCUCCGGCGUUCUGGCUAGCCAGUGGGGCAAUGAAGGCAAAGAGAACCUCGUUGAAAUCUUAGCCCCGCACUUCGAUAUCGUUGCCAUCUAUCAGGGUGGAGCUAGUAUUCCGGUAACCUUUCAUAAUUUCAAAGGGAAAAAAAUUGCCCUUGAUCUUAUUCCAUCCGGUAUCCUCAAUGAAGAUACUAUUUGUGUUAUAGGAAAUGGAGUGGCAGUGCACGUGCCACGCCUAGUUAGUGAAAUUGACUACCUCGAGUCAAAUGGGGUCUCUUGCAAGGGAAGGAUAUUGAUAUCUGAUCGCGCUCCGCUUUUGUUUGACUUCCACCAACAAGUGAAUGAACUCUGUGAUUAUUUUAUUGGUUCAGCCCUUGCAGGCCUUGGACCAUGCUAUGCCAACAAGGUUAUUCGUAAUGGCAUUAGAGUAAGCGAUUUGAGGCACAUGGAUACUUUUCCUCAGAAGCUCGAUCUUUUGUUAUCAGAUGCGGCAAAAAUGGUCGAAAAUUUUGACUAUGAUGCGGCAAUACUGGUCGAAAAAUUUGACUAUGGUCCAUGUAUGCUCAAGAAACAAGUUGAAAAAUACAAGAGAUAUGCUGAGAGGUUGGAGCCUUUUAUCGCUGACACAGUGCAUCUCUUGAACGAAGCUAUAACUCAAAAGAAGAAGGUUUUGGUUGUUGGAGAAGAAGCAACCAUGUUUGACAUUGACUUUGGAACUUAUCCCAUUGUUACUACUUCUAGCACAUCAGCAGGUGGGAUCUGCACUGGUCUUGGUAUUGCCCCAAGAUUAGUUGGUGAUUUAAUAGGAGUGGUGAAAGCAUACACCCCUAAAUUUGGUAUAGGUCCUUUUCCAACAGAAGUUCUGUGUGGUAUAGGUCCUCCUACUCCAACAGAAAUGGUGGAAGCAUACAAAGCUAAAUAUGGUAUAGGCCAUUUUCCAACAGAAAAUUGGAGUUUAGAGCGCUAUCAAUUACGCCAUUCUGUUUCCAAGGAGUUGGGCAAUCAUGCUCGCCUUGCUCAACGAUGUGGUUGGCUUGAUAUAGUCGCAUUAAAGUACUCUUGUCAAAUCAAUGGUUUUUCAUCAUUGUAUCUGAGCAGGCUGGAUGUUUUAUCAGAUCUUGACAAAAUACAGUUGGGUGUCUCAUAUAAACAUUAUGAUGGGACCCCAAUCCAAUCAUUCCCUGCAGAUCUCGAUCUUCUUAAGCAAUUGAAGGUGGAAUAUGAAGUAUUUCCCGGAUGGAGAUCUGAUAUUUCAUCAAUCAGAAACUAUUCUGACCUUCCAAAAGCUGCACAGCAGUAUGUGGAAAGGAUAGAAGAACUUGUUGGUGUCCCUAUCCACUACAUUGGUGUGGGGCCUGGACGUGAUGAUGUCAUAUUCAAAUGAGUCUAUUGUUGACAUGUGACAUUUAUUUUUUUUAUUCCAGCUAAUACUGGUGAGGAUUACGUACUUUAUGUAAUUUAGAGUAUCUACAUUCAUCAUAUUUACUAAAAUAUUUACACUUUAUUUUUUACAAUUUUCCAUAAUGUCACAUCAUCUACACUAUUUUACUAACUUUUUACUUCAACCCAACAACUCUUAAAAGUUUCUAUAGUGGAUCCCACCAUCAACAUCACAUUUGUAUAUUUUAUUAUUUAUAUACAAUUAUAUUAA